UCGCACCAUGAAUCCCAUGUGACGGAGCUCACUGAGAAUCACUGUCCGAGAAGAACUAGGACUCGAGAAGACUGCGACGUCGUUUCCCCCCGGGACUACCCUCUGCAACUCCACUUCACCUCCGUCCUCACUGUCAGCGUGUCAGAUUUACAAAUGGGAGAUCCACGGUUGGAGUCAGAAGAAGGCCUGAAUGAAGAUGAUUACAAGUUUGUUUUGUUGACCAAGGAUGGGAAAAUUAUAUGUAGGACACAAUGCUUAAAUCCUCCUGCAAAAGUGCCUCAACGUUGGAAUUUGCAUGAAAUUGUCCCAAGAUCUAGGGUAAAAAUCCCUCCUGAUCUGCCUCAUUGCUUUUUACGCCCUGCUGCUGAAUGUUUAAGGGACCAUACUGAGUGGGGGAGGUUUUUGUCUCAUCUUCAGAAAAGAGACACGGUUGGAAUUGCAAAAUUUGACUUCUGUGAGUUCUAUAUACUUCCUCCUGUUGAAGCCUAUAAUUAUAGCUAUGCUAGAGUUGCAUACCGGGCAGAGACGCACAUUGGUCAAAAGCAUAGUGAAUCAGCUGAAGCAUGUCAAUUUAAACGGCAAAGCUUAGAUCCAACUGAGACUUGUGGUAAUAGUAGCUCCAUGUCACCUUCUCCUGACGUAAACGAUUUCUCUGCUAGGAAAGAUGGGCAUACACAGGCAAGGGGUGCAAGCAGUAUCAGUGAAGAAAAUGGUGUGCCUUGUGUCAAGUUUCCACAGUCAAUUGGUGAUCACCAUGGUUGUGUUCCAACAGGUAGAUGCCAGCCUUGUGCUGUGAAGUGGGAUGGACCAUUGGAAAGAAAUUAUGUGCGGGCAGACCCAAGUUACCUGCAGACUCUUGGUCAAGCACAUUCUGGAUGGAUUUUUGGUGCAAUAGCUGAGCUUGUUGAUAAUUCUAGGGAUGCAAAAGCAAGCAGAAUGGAUAUUUCUAUUGAGAUCAUAUAUUCUAAAAGAGCUGGAAAAGAUAUUCCUAUGUUGUCAGUUAUAGAUGAUGGCCAUGGGAUGACCCAUCAGGAGAUUGUGAGAAUGACUUGUUUUGGACACAAGCAACCUGAUGCUGAUGAUCUGGAUCGCAUAGGAAGAUUUGGUGUUGGAUUUAAGACUGGAGUAAUGAGGCUUGGAAGGGAUGCUCUUGUUCUUACUCAGACUGCUGAUUCCAGAUCCAUAGCCUUUCUCUCACAAUCUUUAAAUGAAGGAAAAGAGAAUCUAGAGAUUCCCAUUGUAAGCUACUGCAGAAAAGGACAGUUUAUGGAAGUAGAUAUAAAUGUCCAGUCUGAAGCAUUAGCAAAGUACAACUUGAAAGCAAUUAAGGAAUUUUCACCAUUUGAUAAGUAUUUGAUUGGUGAAAAAGCGGGCUUGUUCCGUGAAAAACUCACAGGAACACAGAUAUACAUAUGGAACUUGGAUGAAUGGGGCUCAAAUUAUUGUUUGGACUGGACCACUGGACUGACUGGUCGGAGCUCCUUUCACCAAGGUGACAUACUCAUCCGUUCUAGAAGGGUUAGAUCUCGUCCUGGCCAGAUGAGUCAAAAGGUUCCCUUAGAUUACUCACUUAGAUCUUAUCUAGAAGUCAUCUUUUCAGUUCCAAGGAUGAGGAUAUAUAUUCAAGGUUCAUUGGUUAAAAGUCGACCAUUGGCAAAGUCUUUGAAUAAUACUUGCGAAGCAACUGGUAUUAUCAUGGGGAAACUUGUUCACUUGACUCUUGGUCGCUGUCAAUUAGAGUGGGAGCAGGCAAAUUGCGGAAUGUUUUUGUAUUGGCAUGGCCGCUUAAUUGAGGCUUACAAAAGAGUUGGUGGCAUGGUACAUAAUGGAGACGUGGGACGAGGCGUGAUCGGGGUUAUAGAUGUUACUGAUCUAAUGGAUGAUGUGAAUGGUCGUGUUUGGGUGCAUAAUAACAAACAAGGUUUUCAGGAUUGUGAACCAUAUGCUCUACUGGAGGAGUGGCUGGGGAAGAAGGCUGAUGAAUAUUGGGAUAAGAAUUUUGACACAGUGCUGCUGAAAAAGGGUGGCUUCCUGUACAAGCCUGACCAUGAAUGGGUUCAGUGUGAUAAGUGUAGAAAGUGGAGGAUGUUGAAUUCUGGAUUUGACAGCAAUAACUUACCUACAGAAUGGUUUUGUUAUAUGGAACCUUUUGAGGGAUUGUGUGAAACCCCUGAGCAAAAGGUUGAACACGGUGUGAUAACAGUGUCUGCAAAACGGUCUAGAUAUGGUUGUAAAGAUGUUGAAGAUGAUGCAACACUCACAUCUGAAGGUGAUAGCGAUGACAAUUUUAUUCAAACCAAGAAGGAUUCCAGGCAAGUUUUCAAGAGGCUCAGAAAGGGACCUUCUAGGGCAUGUAAGAAGGCUGUAUAGAAUUAUAGGUACUCUUGGGAUGUCAAAUAUUGAUCUUAAAGUCUCUAAAAAUAGUUUGCUGAGAUUUCAAGUGUCAGAAAUUUUACAGAUUUCAGCCUUAGAGCAUUUGUAUAUGCCCACAAAUAUUUUUGAAGCUGAUGAAAUUUAAUGCGUAAAUUUGGAAA